AAGAAGAGUAGCUCUUGGACCAGCAAACCUGAUCUCAGCCUAUAUAUAUUUAUAUAUAUAGAGACCUUUAGCUUCUCCUUAUUCUCUUCCUAGCUACUUCAGAUUGGACACUUCUUCUAUUGGGAAAAAUGAUCACUGGGAAGGAUAUAUAUGACGUCCUCGCCGCGAUUGUGCCGCUGUAUGUUGCCAUGAUCUUAGCCUACGGGUCGGUCCGGUGGUGGAAGAUCUUCACACCCGACCAGUGCUCUGGCAUAAACCGAUUUGUGGCGGUCUUUGCAGUCCCCCUGCUCUCUUUCCACUUCAUCUCCACCAAUGACAUAUACGCUAUGAACUACCACUUUAUCGCGGCCGACUCGCUCCAGAAAGUCGUCAUCCUCGUUGCCCUCUUUGUAUGGCAAGCGUUCUCAAAGCAUGGGAACCUCGAGUGGAUGAUCACACUAUUCUCACUGUCGACCCUACCGAACACCCUGGUGAUGGGAAUCCCACUGCUAAGUGCCAUGUAUGGGGAAUUUUCAGGCGGUCUGAUGGUCCAGAUCGUGGUCCUGCAAAGCGUGAUUUGGUACACACUCAUGCUCUUCAUGUUCGAGUACCGGGGGGCUAAGUUGCUCAUCAAUGACCAGUUCCCUGAGACAGCUGGGUCAAUCACCUCGUUUAAGGUCGAGUCCGAUGUGAUAUCCCUCAAUGGCCGGGAACCCCUGCAGGCAGAUGCAGAGAUUGGAGAGGAUGGGAAACUCCAUGUGGUGGUCCGGAGAUCCAACACCCCCUCGAUGAUCUCCUCAUUCAAGUCCCAUGGGCUGAACUCCCUCACUUCCAUGACCCCACGGGCAUCAAACCUCACUGGCGUCGAGAUCUACUCAGUUCAGUCCUCCAGAGAGCCGACCCCCAGGGCAUCGAGUUUCAACCAGACAGACUUCUAUGCAAUGUUCAAUAGCAAAGCUGCGAGCCCCAAGCACGGAUACACCAAUAGCUUCCAGGGUGGCUUUCCGGACAUUUACUCAGUGCAGUCCUCGAAGGUGGCCACCCCAAGGACUUCGAACUUCGAUGAGGACAUGUUGAGGAUUAACAACAGUAAUCCCAAGAAAAGAGGAGGACAGAAAAGUAUGAGCGGGGAACUGUAUAAUGGAGGCUCCCUUCCCGCGUAUCCACCUCCGAACCCAAUGUUUUCAGGGUCUACAAGUGGAAACCCUAGGAGGAAGGACAGUGGAGGCGGAGGAGGAGGGCCGAACAAUAAGGAGCUCCAUAUGUUUGUCUGGAGCUCAAGUGCAUCUCCAGUCUCUGAAGCAAACACGAGGAAUGCUAUGCACGCUGAUCCUUCCGGUAGGGCAGCAAGUCUCCCACAAGAAAACACAGCCUCCAAAGCAAUGCAAGAAUUGAUCGACAACAUGACUCCACCGGGGAAGAGGCCGAAGGCGAAUGCGAACGCGGAUCAUCAGAAAGAGGUGGAAGUACAAGUAGAAGAAGGGAGCAAGCAAGCUCCUUUGAAUGGGUCUCCGUACAGCAAUUGCCAGAAGAAAGUGGACAUGGACGAAGAAGGAGCGGGAGAACCCAGCAGGAAGCAUCAAAUGCCACCAGCCAGUGUGAUGACAAGGCUCAUCCUCAUCAUGGUCUGGAGGAAGCUCAUCCGGAACCCGAACACUUACUCGAGCCUUCUAGGGCUCGCCUGGUCCCUAAUCUCUUUCAAGUGGAACAUUCAAAUGCCAUCGAUAGUGAAAGGAUCCAUCUCCAUUUUGUCUGAUGCUGGUCUUGGGAUGGCCAUGUUCAGUCUUGGACUUUUCAUGGCUCUUCAACCGAGGAUAAUAGCUUGUGGGAAGUCAGUGGCAACAUUUUCAAUGGCAGUUAGGUUCUUGACUGGACCAGCUGUGAUCGCUGCCGCUUCCAUUGCCAUUGGCCUCCGGGGAGUUCUCUUGCACGUUGCCAUUGUUCAGGCUGCUCUACCACAAGGAAUCGUUCCGUUUGUGUUUGCUAAGGAAUAUAACGUUCAUCCCGACAUCCUUAGCACCGCGGUUAUUUUUGGGAUGCUGAUUGCUUUGCCCAUCACGAUACUCUAUUAUGUUCUUCUCGGAGUCUGACUUCUCUUGGAAAUUGCAAACAUUGCAAGAGACUAAUUUUUUAAAAGAAAAGGUCAGAAUUAAUUGAGAUUUAUUAGCUGGAUAGAUCUGAAGCAAGCAAAGCAUCAAAUCUCUGAGCAAAUAGAAAAAUCAUAUUGCCAGCCAUCGGAUUCGGUGCAUGAGAAUCUGCAUGCACCAAGUUAGGAUGUGGGGGUUUUGUAGACACUUCCAUGUGCCUUUUCCCUUGUGGAUCGAUCAUUUUUAUGUAGAAUUUAUCAAUUACAGUAAUUAGAUUAUAAGUUACGACGCCUUUUGUUGUGUCAGAUUGUUCAUUAUGAGAUGGAAGAUUAACAUAGGAGAGCAAA